GGUUGCGGGGCGGACUGAGUCAACAGUCCAGCCAACUUGACUCUCUUGACCACUUUCCUCACUUCCUCGUUCCCCAUCACAACAACCAUCACACUCUCACAAGAUGACUGCCAAACCGAAAUCGAGUGGCAAGAGCCGAUCCUCAACAUCAGCCGGACCAGUCAAACAACAUGUCAAAGGUGAAAACUUUUAUCGAGAUGCAAAGAAGGCCAAGACGGUCAAACUAUUGUCGAAGGAUGGUGGGAAAGCGAUCCGAGACCGGGAUGGGAAGAUCAUCAAGGCGGCCGCCUUCCAGUCCUCAGAUGCACCGAAUGGUCGGAUCCAACCUGACCGAAGAUGGUUUGGAAACACCCGAGUAAUCUCGCAAAAAGCACUCGACCAUUUCCGUACAUCACUCGCUCAGAAGCAAGCCGACCCAUACUCAGUCAUCCUCAAGCAGAACAAACUGCCGAUGAGUUUGCUCCAAUCUGAUGCUGAGAAAGCUGCCCAAGGCGGUAAGGGAAUGAAAGUCGACCUGGUGACCGCUGAACCCUUCGAACAAACCUUCGGUCCAAAGCAACGUCGUAAACGACCUAGACUCAGUACGGCCGGAACGUUUGAAGAAUUGGUCAAAGAAGCAGAAGAUCUGAAUUCCAACAAGAAAUCGAAAUCAUUGGCUGGCGAGAAACUACCACCGGUUGAUGGUCUAGGAAAAUUCAUUAAAGGUGGAGAGGAGCAAUUAGAGGAAGCCGACUCUCAAGAAGAUGACGAACAACAUAACGUCGCUGUCGAUUACAUCCUCAGUGCUGGAACUUCUAAGCGGAUUUGGUCUGAGCUCUAUAAGGUUAUCGACUCAUCAGACGUCAUCCUACAUGUUCUUGAUGCUCGUGACCCACUUGGAACUCGCUGCUUGAGCGUAGAGAAUUACCUACAGAAGGAGAAACGGGGCAAGAAGAUGGUUUGGAUCUUGAACAAAGUCGAUCUGGUGCCUGGAUGGGUAGCCUCACGAUGGGUGAAAUAUCUGUCAAAGUUCCACCCAACCAUUGCAUUUCAUGCGUCGAUCAACAACUCCUUCGGGAAAGGAUCAUUAAUCCAACUUCUCCGACAAUUCUCUUCUUUAUUUUCCGAUCGAAAACAAAUCUCAGUAGGCUUCAUUGGUUAUCCAAACGUUGGGAAAUCAUCGAUCAUCAAUACUCUGAAGAAGAAGAAAGUCUGUAACGUUGCUCCGAUUCCAGGAGAGACCAAAGUCUGGCAAUACAUCACUUUGAUGCGUCGGAUCUAUCUUAUCGAUUGUCCUGGGAUCGUCCCCCCCUCAGCCAAAGAUAGUGAGGCUGCGAAGGUACUCAAGGGGGUCGUCAGAGUCGAGCAUCUUUCAUGCCCAGCCGAUCAUAUCCCUCCGCUUCUAGAUCGGAUCCGUCCCGAAUAUAUGGUCCGCACCUACGGGAUUCAAGAGUGGCAAGAUUCGGAAGACUUCUUGACCCAGAUCGCCCGAAAGUCAGGGAAAUUACUGAAAGGUGGAGAGCCUGACCUCCGGACGGUUGCAACCUGCGUCCUAAACGACUGGAUCCGGGGUAAAAUCCCUUACUUCGUCCCCCCUCCUACCCAGACUCCUGGCUUCAAAACUCAAAACUCUCCCGAGGAGAAGGAUCAAUCUCAACUGAUAACCGAGCAACGCUCGGAAGAAGGGAAGCAGACGAAGAAGAGCGGUCGAGAGGAUGGUGAGGAUAAGGUGGGCGUGAUCAAGGGCGUCACUCAACCUUUACAUCAGAUCGUCCGGACCAACAAGUUUUUGGAAGAUGACGAGAUUGGAGAAUUUGAAUAUGCAGAUGAGGAGGGAGAGGAAGGCGCAGAGCGAUUGGCAAAAUCCGGAUCGAAGGGAGAGGCGGCCGUCACCGAAGACAUAGACUCUGAAGAAGAAGAAAAAGACGAGGACGAUCUCGACUUAUCCGAUUCAGGCGAAUGGUCUGGGAUCGGUAGCGAGGAUGAAGACGAAGAAGAGCUGUGCUACGAAGACUUGAUCAAAGCCCCAACUGCCAAAUCUACUGCUUCUUCCAAUGCUCUAGCUAGCGAUCUUAAUGAUGAUGAUGAUGAUGACGAAGAUUUGGAUAUCGUCUUGGAUGAAACCGAGCCCAUCCGUCAAACUGGACAAGUUGCCAAAGCAUCCAAAGCUGCCGGGAAAAGAAAAGGAAAUCAAGAAGAAGAGGUGGAUCUUGAUGGGUCGGUCGAUCGUAGAAAUAAUAAAAAAACUAAGGAACCUCGGAUGACUACUAACAAGAAGAAAUCUGAGAAUUUCUUCACCAAUGCUAACGUUAAAAAUAAAAACCGAAAUCGGAAAGUUCCUAAGCUUAAUACUACCAAGAAAAAAAAGUGAAGGGUUGAAUGAUAAUCGAGUGUGAUGAUCCUUCAACUAUCAAGAUUUUCCCUCAUUAGCUCUCACAAAAAAAAGACAAAAACAAUGCCAAAGUUGAUCGAUCUUUUUUUGAUAUCUUUGCUUCAGUCGUCUAUUUUCUUUGGGUGUCAUCUUGAUCAACUUACAAAAAAACAUGCUUUGUUGUUUCGUUUUAUGAACUUGUCUCUUCUAUAUAUACCCCAGGAAAGUUCACAUUUCCUCCAGCCUUUGAUUUUUUUUUUUUUCUAACAAAAGAAAAUAGAACCUUGGGCCCGGUGUGUUUGAUUUGCACAUUUGGCAGAUGGAUUCCAGAUAUGAGUUCAAGUAUGUAAGAAGUUCCAGGUCGGGCUGUCCUUCGGACAGAACAUGCAUGGGAAGAAAAAAGAAGAUAGCAAAAAAUCAAGCAUACGUGUAGAAAGCUUGUCGGGCUAGGACACGAAAAAGGUUAAUG